AUGCUGGACGUGCUACAGCCGUUCCUGUGGGUGGCGGUGUCACCGGCUGUAGCAGAGGAGUUACUGUUCAGAGGGCUGCUGCUCACGACCCUACAAGAGAGGCUCGGCAGGAUCGACGCUGCCAUGCUGUCUGCAGCCCUCUUCGCCCUCUUCCACCUCUCCCUCGCCCGCCUCUUCCCCAACAUGGCCCUUGGGAUUGCCGCCGGUAAUGUGGGGGGAAAGAGUGAGGGAGGCGGGAGGAAGAGCUACAGGACAAAAGGCUGCAAAGAGGAGGAGGAAGAGGCAGUGGCAGUGAUUGCUGGAGUGCUGAGGAAGAAAUUCGGGCCCCAGAUUGUGAAAGAGGAGUUGGAGGAGUGGGGGAGUGGGAUGGGAAGCAGCAAGGAUGAAGGGGGUGUGGGGAGGAGGGAGGAGGAGGAGGAGGAGGAGGAAGGGGACGAUGAGGAGGAGGAGGAGGAAGCAGAAGCAGAAGCGAGUGAGGAGGACGCACCACCCACCACAUCUCCUCCCACGCCCCCUCCUCCAGCCCCCGGGUCGUAUCUCCCUCCUCCCUCCUCUCCCUCUACCGCUUCUUCUCCUCCCACCUCGGCAUCUCCUAUCCUUCCACUGUCGCUUCCCUCCUCGCUUCCCACCCCCAACUGCUCCGCUCCAAUCCCACCAAUGACUUCCUGCCACGUGUCCGCCUCCUCCAAAACUCUCUUAGCUAAGCUCCAGUUUUUUGUGGAGCUGGUGGGGGAGAAAGCAGCAGGGAGGGUGGCGAGGAGCUACCCGGCGGUUCUGCAACUUUCGAAGGAGAACCUGCAAGGCAAGGUGGCGGAAUUGGCUGAUUUGAUUGGCCAAGAGAAUGCCGUGCGGGCGGUCGCACAGUUUCCUUUGCUACUAACGUCUAGUGAAACUGUCGUGAAGAAAAGCUUUAAAGAGCUUGUGCGAGAAGUGGAGGAGGCAUUUGAGGGCAGUGGAGAAGCGGGAAACGGGAUGCAAAGGUUGGGGGAAGAUGAGAGAGGAAAGCGCUUGGGCCAAGGGGAACAUGGUGGUAGUGGACUGCUGCUUGAGGAACACGUGGGCAAUGACGAGUCAGGGGAAAGAGCUGUUGCUGUUACAGAGCAGCAGCUUGUGGAAUUGGAGGCGACAAAGAAGCUGGUGUGUUUGCAGCAGUUUCUCCAAUUCACAGACAAGCAGUUUGAGGAGAAGUUUGGGGUCAAACUGUAG